CUUCCCUACAAGUACUGGCGCCUCUCCUGCUCUCCCUUUAUUCGCUCGGGAAAUUGGCUAGGAGCUACCGCGGUGACCGGCAGCCAUCUCUGUACUAGGUCUCUCAUGAGCAUCUCUCUCACCGUCACUUCGCCUUCUUCACUCCCAGCCCGCUCCUUUCGCAACGCUCUUUGCUUUCACUACUGCGCUGCUCUUGUGCUUGUUUCACUUACGCUCCUUACAAACACCGCAUCCACACUGCAGCUUUCACCUUGACAUAGUGCAGCCUCGCCAGGCUUUCGGCAUGGCCAACAUUCCGCUUCACUGCAACAUUUGCCCCAAGAAGCCAAACUUCAGCGAUGUCUCGCAUCUGCUCACCCACAUCGCCAGCAAAGGCCACUUAUCCAACUACUACAAGGUCAAGGUCCGCUCCACCAACGAGGAUGCAUCCCGUCGGCUCAUUGAGACAUACGACCAGUGGUAUGCCGAAUGGGCUGUCGAAGAGCUCAUGUCGGAGCGGAUGAACCAGAAGGACAAACGCCGUACCCGCGCGAGACCCGCUGCCCGGCCGGCGCCCCCGCUCAAGAUCGAGGCCCCCGCGCCACGUCCCGUACGUCGCGCCACAGCAAGCACUCUCCUCGAUCCACGCCUGUCGGAGCAGCAGCAUACGAUGAUCAAGCUGGAGCAGUCGCCUUCUCCGACGCCGCAACCUACUGGUCCGGUCCUUCGCAAUCGCAAUACCUUCGCAUCUCAUAUGCAGUACUGGCCUACAGAGUCUCGCGCCAGCUCUCGCAGCUACACCAACCCAGACUAUGAUACCUCCAGUGAAUACUCUGAUCCGAGCGAGCAGCGCCGGAGGUCAUACCGAUACAACGCUGCGGCUUCGUGUGCCAUUGAAGACGUACCUGCUGAGGCUGCAGAUCCGAUGGCUGUGAGCGAGUCGACCAAACUCAAAGGGGUCUACUGGCCUGGCAUGGACAUCUUCGACUCUGCUACCCCAGAGAUGCGGCGCAAGAGGAACCAGAAGAAGGACAGCUCUGUCGUCGAACAGCUGGAGCUCAACUCCCAAGUAGUCGAAGCUACUGAGCUCAUCUUCACACCGUUGGGAUCUUUCAAACGCCAGCGCAGGAUCUCGUGCUCGGAGUCUGACGAAGAGGACGAGGUCGAGAUCAAGACUGAGAGCCCUCAGCCCGUACGUCGGCGACCUGCACUCGCCAGUCUUGAUGCAAAUAAUACUCGCCGCUCUACUAGACAGUCCAAGCGGCCUGUGUUUCCCAUUCUCAGCCGCAACCAAUACGAUGAUGAUCGCGGCCGUGCUGGCUACGAUCAUAGUCGCAACAACCGUGCUCCGAAGCGGAAGCAGUUUGAUGUUUUCCAAGACGACGAUGAUGUUCCAUUCUCACAGCCCAAUGGCAUGAACUAUCUUACAUCUGGCUUUACACACCAAGCAUCUCCAUCCCCUGCACCUGCAUUCAACUCUUACAAGCCCUUCAACGACCCAUUCCAGUAUGAGAACAAGGAGAAUGUUCUACCUUCGUUCCAUCAUACGGUUUACGAUAACUUUCAUGGCCAUCAGAGCAACGCCUACCAAUAUCCCGCCUAUUCCUAUGGCAUUGGGCCUGAUCAACAGGCCUUCCAGUACACCAGCCAUCUCUACAACACCGCGAGCGCCUACCAGCAACAGGACCAAGAUGACGAUGACCAACGUACCAUCACAGCUCCACCUUCACCGUCUACAAGCUAAGCGCUUGGACAUUGCGCCCUCCUUCCCUUCCCAAAGCGAUACCUACGCUCCGCUUCACCGUGCUGUAGUGGAUACCCAACUGUUCGCGCUCGUUCCAUCUACCGACUUAUGCAUGCGACUUACUUUUCUGCGUUUCUUUUUGAUCCAUAUUUUCUACACGAUAAUACAUGAUAUACGCUGCGACGAGUAGCGACAUACGACAUGAUUAAUACGAUAUCUUCAGAGAGGCGCGCUAUGGGAUCGCUGGACAG